AUGAGGUUUUCACUCGCUUUCCUUUCGCUGUGGGCGACCGCUGCGAUUGCGCUAUCAACAAACAGUGUCGAUGGGUCAACUCCAGCUCUCAUCCCGACGAUUCCUGCAACUAUUCCUACAUAUGUGGAGUCACCAGGUGUCACUACUCGCGCAUCGGGGGUAGGUGCCGAAGGACUAGGAAUCGCAAUUGAUAUUGGAAGAACCAUUAUCUACACUAAAUGGAUUACUUUACCUGGAUCGACUAUUACCGUGCCAGCAUCUACGAUCACAAUUACCGUUUCAGGACCAACGGUCACUGAGCCUGGCUCGACGGUUACCCUGAAUUGCUCGACAGUCACCGUACCUGGAUCUGGAUCGACGGUGACCAUACCUGGAUCUGGAUCAACAGUCACUGAGCCAGGCUCGACAGUCACCGUACCUGGAACUGGCUCAACAGUCACCGUACCUGGAUCUGGCUCGACGGUUACUGAGCCUGGCUCAACUGUCAGUGAGCCUGGUUCUGGAUCAACAGUCACCGUGCCUGGAACUGGCUCGACGGUGACCAUACCUGGAUCUGGCUCGACAGUUACCGUGCCUGGCUCGACGGUGACCGUACCUGGAUCUGGAUCGACGGUUACUCAACCUGGAUCAAUAGUAACCGAGCCUGGCUCAACGGUUGUUUUACCUGGAUCAACAGUCACUGAACCCGGCUCGACGGUUACCCAACCUAGAAUGACGGUUACUGAGCCUGGCUCAACAGUUACCCUAUCUGGCUCGACGGUUAUUCUACCUGGAUCAACAGUCACUCAGUCAGGGUCAAUAGUCACUGAACCUGGCUCCACGAUUAUUUUACCUGGAUCAACAAUUAGUGAACCUGGCUCCACGGUUAUUCUACCUGGAUUAGCAGUAACUGAGCCUGGGACAACCAUCACGUUCCCAGCCUCGACAAUCACAACUACCAUCACCCAGCCUGCGAGCACAAUCACAUUGUCAGGCAGAACAACAACUUUGCGAGGGUCAAUCAUCACCUCCACAAUCACCUAUCCAGCAAACACAAUCACGAUCAUUGGAUCCACCACUAUUAUAGAUAUACUCACCAUCGCAGGUCCAACUGAGACAGUGCCCACGAUAGACAGCGAGACCGUUCCUGGGUUAGGGACAAUUCGGACACAGCUGAAUGACAGGGUGGCCACCACGACUAUCUCGUUGAGUGUGUGUUCGCCCCUUGUUGCCAAUCCAACAUAUACGCCAACGUCCGCGCUUCCCUACGAUUACACCUGGGGUUGCCCUCCUGGAUAUCUUUGUCGGCCUCCUCAUACCGGCGAUCGGGCCAACUGCAACAUUGAAGCAAGCCUCCCCGCAGAUGGCUACUUAUGUGCUCCUUCCGAGUGUGUCGUUGCUCCUCCUUUGAUCUACAAUCACUCUAUUGAGGGUGGCCAGCAGUACAAUUUCAGCCGGGACUAUUACAACCUCGACCCGCGGCAAUUCGGCCUAAACUACAGCAUUUUCCAGUACACGGAAACUUACACGGUUGCUAGCCGCAAAAGAAGCAUGUUAGCUCCCCUCGUGGACCUCGUCGUCGCCCAGAAACACAAGAGGGCGGCUGCGAGCAUCCCCUCUUUCUGCUAUAACAGCUGCAACGAUGCCGCUCAAGAGCCUCAACUGAUUGGCAAAAUACCAGCACUAUGUGAGAGUGACUCUGCGUUUAUGAUAGAUUUGGAUAGUUGCAAGUCGUGCAUCAAUCAUUGGGCGUCCACGCCGUCGGACGUGUAUUCGAAAACGCUACUACCCUCGUUCUCCCAAUGGCUUAACUUCUGUGCUGAUGUGACGACUACCGCAAGUAGCACCCCACAAUCGACAGUUGCUAUCACUACCGCCGGGACAACUGCUAUGAGCACCGGUUCAAGCUCGACCAGCAAAUCAACGGCGAGUUUGCCGACGCCUACGGCGGCGGGAGGAAGUACCCGGACUACCGCAUCUGCCAGCACCCAAACAGGCCAAAAUGGCGAUCAAAGUAGCUCAGAUUCUAGCGGAUCAAGUACAUCUCGAUCGACAUCUGGGUCUUCGGAAACUUCUGAGUCGACUUUCGGCAUUUCAGGAGCUGUUGGUCUAACGACCGGCGGAUCUAGCGUCGGCAGUUCCAUCACUGGGGCAAGCACCCUGGCAACCGUCACAGGUUCAAACUCGGCUGGAGCAAGUGGAACGACAGGAGACAAGAAUUCAUCUUCAGGCUCAACGGGCAUCGGUUCCGGUGCAACGGGCGUUGACGCUAUUGGCGUUGGAGGUAGUGGAAACGCCUCUGGCACGAGUGCUACUCCAACGAGCCCCCGGGGCGCCGGUGGCUCAUCUGGAAGCCAGUCUGGCACCGCCAGCCCAUCUGCAACUUCUGCUGCUCUUAAUGCAGCACCACCGGCGAAGAAUUUUCCCCGUAUGGGCUUCUUGGGUCUGUUAUUGGCUAUCCUCGCGGCACUUUUCUAA